AGGGAGCGCACAGGAAGGCAGGGCGGAGAGCGCGGCCGGCCCGGCAAAUCCCUAGGAGAAGAUGACUGUGUUCUUUAAAACACUUCGAAAUCAUUGGAAGAAGACUACAGCUGGAGUCUGCCUGCUGACAUGGGGAGGCCAUUGGCUCUAUGGAAAACACUGUGAUAACCUACUAAGGAGAGCAGCCUGUCAGGAAGCUCAGGUGUUUGGCAAUCAACUCAUUCCUCCCAAUGCACAAGUGAAGAAGGCAACCGUCUUUCUCAAUCCUGCAGCUUGCAGAGGCAAAGCGAGGACUCUAUUUGAAAAAAAUGCUGCUCCGAUUUUACACUUGUCUGGCAUGGACGUGACUGUCGUUAAGACAGAUUAUGAGGGCCAAGCCAAGAAACUCCUGGAACUGAUGGAAAACACAGACGUGAUCGUCGUUGCUGGAGGAGAUGGCACGUUACAGGAGGUUAUUACUGGAGUUCUUCGAAGAGCAGAUGAGGCUACCUUCAGUAAGAUUCCCAUUGGAUUUAUCCCACUGGGACAGACCAGUAGUUUGAGUCACACCCUCUUUGCUGAAAGUGGAAACAAAGUCCAACACAUUACAGAUGCUACACUUGCCAUUGUGAAAGGAGAGACAGUUCCACUUGAUGUCUUGCAGAUCAAGGGUGAAAAGGAACAACCUGUGUUUGCAGUGACUGGCCUUCGAUGGGGAUCCUUCAGAGAUGCUGGCGUCAAAGUUAGCAAGUACUGGUAUCUUGGGCCUCUAAAAGCCAAAGCAGCCCACGUUUUCAGCACUCUUAAGGAGUGGCCUCAGACUCAUCAAGCCUCUAUCUCAUACACGGGACCUAUUGAGAGACCUCCCAAUGGAACGGAAGAGACCCCUCCACGGCCCUCUCUGUACCGGAGAAUAUUACGAAGGCUCGCGUCAUACUGGGCACAACCACAGGAUGCCCUCUCCCAAGAGGUGGGCCCAGAGGUCUGGAAAGAAGUGCAGCUGUCCACCAUUGAACUGUCCAUCACGACACGGAACAGUCAGCUUGACCUGACGAGCAAAGAAGAUUUUAUGAACAUCUGCAUUGAACCUGAUACUGUCAGCAAAGGAGACUUCAUAACUAUAGGAAGUAAGAAGGUGAGGGACCCCACGCUGCGAGCUGACGGCACCGAGUGUCUCCAGGCCAGCCAGUGCACUCUGCUGCUUCCUGAGGGAACAGGGGGCUCUUUCAGCAUCGACAGUGAGGAGUAUGAAGCGAUGCCUGUGGAGGUGAAACUGCUCCCCAGGAAACUGCAGUUCUUCUGUGAUCCGAGGAAGAGGGAACAGAUGCUGCAGAGCACAGCCCAGUGAGCGGACGGAGGAGAAGAUGUGCGCUCUGGGACUGCACUUUAGGCCACCAGUGGGACCAAAAGGGAACGAAGCCUCACCUGUCCCCGCAGUGUUGUCAGAGGAUCCCAAGGGCAUUUUCAUGGCAAGUACCCACCGCCUUUCUCUGGCAGUGCUUCCCGAAGUGGACUCAUUGCCACUCACUUUGCAGUUGCCUUUCUGUUAGCGCAUGCUUUUCCGUUGGUGUGACUGCUGAUCCCUCCUCAUACUGAUUUUCCUCAGGCUAGUUUCAGGAGAUUCUCACCCUC